CAGAGAACUCGCUUUGAUCUCCUUCCUUCUCUGUCAAUGAAAAUGAGCAGCCGACGGCGACGAUGCAAGCGGCAGCUGAUCAAGUUCACUCAGCACAUAGCUCGAUUAAUCACAGGCACGCUGAGCUCAGAUAAUGAGGACGAAGAACAAGAGAGCACGACGGUGCGGUAUCACCCGGAAAAUCUGGAGCAGCUGCAGUCGCAGACCCAUUUCUCCAGACAAGAGCUGCAGCUACUCUACAGAGGAUUCAAGAACGACUGUCCGAGCGGAGUUGUGAAUGAAGACACUUUUAAAAACAUCUAUGCUCUGUUCUUCCCUCUGGGAG